AGCUUCCUGCUCCUUCAGUCAGCUGGUCCUUCUGGUCUCGAGCUCCGAACGAAAUUUAGAGGGUUUACGAAAUAUGGAGAGCUGUUGUACGUGUACUUUUAGAAAUGAAAGAAGAGUUAAUUCCGAGUUGUUGCAGCAAAGACAUUGAAUUGUGUAGCUAUUGCGUAACUAUGAUUUAAACCAUACAAAAAGCGUAAUGAGGACUUUUACCGCAUGAAGUGGCAUAUUUAGUAAAUUAGCCUGUUAGCUCACGUUAGCUGUUUGUUUGGUAACGACAUGGCUGCUGAACGGUACAGAUACCGGCACACUGCGGCGGGGAGCCUGCAGGAUGCCGACUCGGACCCUGAGGAGCCUCAGUUAGUUUACAUAAAGUCGGACGGACGGGAAGCCCAGAUCAUCCACAGCGGACACUUCAUGGUGUCUGCGCCUCACAUCGAGCACCCGCCGAAGAAAGGAUACGACUUCGACACCGUCAACAAACAGACGUGUCAGACGUAUCACUUCGGGAAGACCAGCACCUCGCACAUCUCUAUUGAUGCUUCGCUGACCAAACUGUUCGAGUGCAUGACCGUGGCAUACAGUGGAAAGUUGGUGUCACCAAAGUGGAAAAACUUCAAAGGUCUGAAACUGCUUUGGAGGGACAAGAUUCGUUUAAACAAUGCAAUAUGGAGAGCCUGGUAUAUGCAAUAUGUGGAGAAAAGGGAAAAUCCAGUGUGUCAUUUCGUCACUCCGCUGGAUGGGAACAUGGAAUCUGAGGUCCAUCGUCCAUCAAUGGCAAUUGCCACAGAGGGAAAUUACUGGAAAAGAAGAAUAGAAAUCGUGAUAAGGGAGUAUCACAAGUGGAGAACAUACUUUAAGAAGAGGUUACAGAAGCACAAGGAUGAUGAUCUAUCCAGCCUGCUACAGGGGCCGGAGGAGCAGUUCUCCCUGUUUGGAGAAGUGUUUCCAGACACACUCCGUGUCUCCUUUUGUCAGGACGAGGAGAGUGCUACGCGGCGCGUAGCCCGCAAGGUCCACGACUCCCCCAUCCCCAUGGAGAUGGACCAGCUGUUCGACAUGGACGUCCUGAUGUCUGAGUUCUCAGACACCCUGUUCUCCACACUGGCCUCCCACCAGCCCGUAGCCUGUCCCAACGAGCGGGACAUCGCUCAUGCGGUGAACGCAGACAUGAUUCAGCCUGGACUCAUAACCUUGCAGCCAAACCUGGACUUCAUGGAUUCUUUUGAGCCACUGCAAGACUUGUUCCACAGCCUGCGUCAGCCCUUCCUCCCCACUGUCUCCCCUACUGCACCGUCUCUUUCCCCUCUACCCAGCAGCAGCUCACAGUUAAUGUCCUCCAUGCAGCUCUCUGCGGAGGGGCCUUUGGGUCCUCACUCCACAGCCAGUCAGAGCUCCGGGACGGAUGCCCACGGCUGUGCAUACGUACAGGGCUACAUGCCUCUGUUCCCCCAACGGAGUACCUCGGCUUCUCAGCCAGGAGGCCCUCAGCCUGUAGCCCACGGACCACACACACACUGCCUGCCAGAUGACCAUGGAUCUUUGUCUGGGAUCACACACACCACCGCCGCCUCCUCCACCUCCGCAGUGCCCAGCGAUGUGUCCUCCACCUACAACCAGGGUUUGGAGUACAGCUCCGCCCCCACGCAGAAGGCCCAAACGCUACUGGUGUCCCAGCUCCUGCCACUGGCUCCCUGUCCGGCCAACAAGCAUCAGACCUUCGCCCUGCCCCGACCCAUCCACAACUCCGGGGGAAAUAAAGCUAAAGGCCGCCACAUGCAGAGAAUUGUUCCAGCCAACAACUUACCUUCCUCUCAUCUGGUGCUCACAGGUCAGUUUUCUACUGGACCAAAUGCUCUGAUUGUAACACCAGCACCGUUGAAGGCCGAAGUCGUUCCCAGUGCAGGAAUGGUCAUUACAUCUUCCAGUCUGGCCCCUGCGUUUCACAUCGUGCCACAGACGCACAAGAGUCCCCAGGCCAUUGUCCCUAAAGAAGAGACUUACUCCUCCAGCUGCAAGGGGCAGAAAACUUCCAGUCAAGGCUCACCAUGUGGUCCAGAUGGUUUGCACUCGCCCCUUGGCAGUUCAGAAUUUUUAAAGAACGAUCCAAACCAGAUGAAUCUCUGUCUUGGGUCAUCCAGCCGGAGAGUGCCCCACAUCUCUGCCGAGCAGAAGAGACGCUUCAACAUCAACAUCGGCUUUAAAACCCUCUGCAACCUGGUGCCCACCCUCAAGGCUCAGUCCAACAUCACCAAUGCCACCACGCUGCAGAAGACGGUGGAGCACCUGGGCAAGCUGCAGCAGGACAGGCAGCAGCUGCAGGAGGAGGCGCGCCGGCUGAGGGAGGAAGUGGAGGAGCUCAACGGCUCCAUAAGUCGUUGUCAGGAGCAGCUUCCUGGUACGGGGGUCUCCAUGACAAGGAGUCGAUUCAACCACGUGCAUGAGUUUGAAGCCUACGUGAAGAGCCGCACACUGCAGAACUGGAAGUUCUGGAUCUUCAGCAUCAUCAUCAAGCCUCUGUUCGAGUCCUUCAACAACACUGUGUCCACGGCAUGCGAGGCAGAGCUAUGUCAGACCACCUUAGAGUGGCUGGACCACCAUUGCUCCCUCCCUGUGCUCAGAGCUAUGGUUUGCAGCACCCUUCGACAACUAGGGACAAAGACUUCCAUCCUCACUGAGCCGUCGCUGCUGCACAAAGAAGUCUUCCAGGCCAUCGGAAGUGCCCAGAGGCCUUGCGGGGACUCAUAGCCAGGCUAUUGACUGCUCCAUGGGCCUCGUGGGGACACAAAGCCAGGCUAUCGACUGCUUCAUGGGCCUUAUAGGGACUCGUAGCCAGGCUAUCAACUGCUCCAUGGGCCUUGUGGGGACUCAUAGCCAAGCCAGGAUGCCAACUACUCGAAGUGUUCUUAAAGGGCCUCAUUGCCUGGCUACAGUCCAAUGCUAGACCGAGCUUGGAUCAACACUGUGAAAUCCAGUAAGCAUGGCUCGCCGGGUGGGUCAACCAGGUUUUCCUAAUGGGCUGUGAAGAGUUGUCAUUGUUAUAGUCAUCCUCAUAGCUGUUUGGGUGUCUGUCACAAUUUGUUCACAUAUUGCCACAAAAGAAAAUACUGUUUCUUAGAGGUGUGUAUUUUUGGAAUAACACCAAAAACUUUACAUGGACACUGGUAUAAGUGUGUUUUGCUUCAAGAACGACGAUAAAAACCAAACAUUUCUUUCUUUCAAUGGAAUAAGUGUAUUUUUAUGUAUUUCAGUUUAAAGGGAAAAUGGAUUGAAUGCUUUUCUGAGAUUUUUGUGUGUACCUAAAAUAAUGAGACAGAAGACCCUUUUUAAUAUAGGAUAAGUUAUGACUAGGAUCAUGCUAGUCUUAUUUUUUGAUGUUCACAUAUGAUGAAGGUGGUUGUUUCAUCCAAGCCAUCACGGCACCAUCCUGUUGGGCGUUGUUUGCUCUAGUUUCUCAGGGUUUAUUCAGCUUAUACCAACCAGCUGCUGGGGUUUUUAAUGCUGAAGUACUCAUGUUUUCUACUACCAAUGGUCUGCUCCACUUUUGUAUGACAUAUUGGCAUGCAAUACGUUUCUUAAAAAAAUAACUACUUAUCCAUACAGUUGACCACAUAAUAAGUAGCCUGAGUAAAAACAAUUUUCCAUUAACCAUAAACUGCAGUACCAAUAUGGACGUACACACAGGUAUUUCUGUGUUACAGGAGAGGUCACUCCAACUUCACUAUUUUUCUCAGGGCUGGACUUUAUUAUGCUUUGGUGGAAACCAAAUGAACAAAAUAAAUCAGGAAUCUUUCAAUGGAAAUCUAUUGGCUGUAAGGUUUUGAUAUUGCAUCUUUUACUUCAGUCCACUGGGUAGGCUGGUAGACUGAUCUAUCCAGCACCGAUCUUGGUGGACACGCCCACUAGUGAUGUCAUAUGGGGCAGAUUUUCGAAACGGCUUGUAUGGCUAUUCACACUCACACCUGGUGGUAUAAUAGGUCCCCUUUAAUCAGAUGUUUUAUUUUGAAAAUACCUAAAGAAAAUAUUUUUUAAUAUUCAAAAUUACGAACUCAGGCAGUCGAGUGCCUUGUUGUGUUUUAUGUAUUUAUUUCUUGAAUUCAAAAAUUUUAUUAUGAGUGACCAACAGUGUAGCAAAAAGCAAUGCAGCGAGGGAUUAUUGGUGGGAUUAAUGUUCUGGUCUGUAAAGGAUGAUGGCGGUCACCAUUUCAAAGUGGCUGUUGUUAAAAAUAUUAUAAUGGACUUUUUAAUGACUCAGUUCGUCUGUAGUUUUUUUGCAGAGAUUAUCCUUUUUAAGAAUUCAGGUACAGAUAAUAUUUUUUCAUCAUCAGUGGGGGUUAUAUUUCUACUGUGGACAACCAAAAAAGUGUAGACAGGAAUAAUUACUUUUGCAGUAUUUCAUUAGCUUUACGUUUUUAGCAUGGAGAAUAUUCUAAAUAAAUCAUUACCUGGUUGACCGUAGCAUAAGGUCCCUUGGGAAUCUACACAAAAGUUUGGCCUCUGUGUUGGCUUGCAUACUCUUAUUUAUUUUUUGAUUUUUGAUCAGUGUCAUUUAUAACAAGUAACUAUACUAUAUUAGAAAAAAUGUUUCCUGUUUUUUUUUAAUGAACAUUGGAUAUUCCACAGUACAUCAAAUGCAUACUUCUUUUGAAGGCAAUGUGCCUUAUGUUUCUGUGUUUGAGACUGUAAAGAUGUGUUGGAUGGUAUGACUUUUUGUGUUUGUCAAUUUCUAAUAAGUUCCAAGACCAAUCACAAGAUUGCCUUGACAUUUUAUUUCAUUUAGAAAAAUUGCAUUUACACACGACAAAACACAAAGCUAGUACAUUUAUACAUCUUCCGACACAUAUAUAGUAAAAGUAAAAAAAUAUAUAAAAAAUACUGUAUGAUUGAAUAAAUAUUUUUUGUUGAUCAAACAUUAAUGAAAAUAAUGACUUCUUUAACCAUUGUGUAAAAAGCUCCAAAAGGCACUGGAGAUACUGAAAUGUAUCGUGGGUACUCUGGAACGCUGGGACAAAGCAUCCCACCAUCGGCCCGGGGCAAGUUGUAUACGUCCUGAAUGGCCUGUGCAAUAUCCAUCACCUCCUUAGUUACUUCAGGGACCAAGUGGCUUGUGUUGGUCAGGUAGCACUGGAAGUGUGAGAGGUUUGAAGGGGGAAGGAGAAGGGGUAAGGGGUAGAAACGGGAUGCAGCCUUAAUAAAUUGACCUCAACUAGUUCAACCUCAAUAACCGAUUUACUCUUUCAGGAAGGCAAAUUAAAAAAAUAAUAAUAAUCUUCAAAAUUAGGUAUUGGUGCAUGACCUCAUGCCAGAGUCCUGCUGGUAUUUAAAGCCACUCAAAAUAAGUAACUCUCUGCCAGAGCUCAGGGUAGCUGAUAAUUCGUUUUUUAUCAAUUUAACCCACCAUUUCCUUAAUCAUUUCCUCCACAGCUUUCAAGAGACUGGUUGGUUGGGCACUUGGCACUGCUAGUUACUUGUAUAAAGAUCAGGGACGGGACAAGAGCUGUACACUGAAAGAAAAAAUGUUAUUAAUAAUAUAAUAUACUAAUAUACCUAAAAACAGAAUAUAUGUAUCUAUAUCUAUUAUAUAUGUAUGUGUCUGUAUAUAUAUAAAUAUGUAUAAAUAUAUAUAUGUAUAUAUAUGUACAUAUAUGUAAAUGUAUAAAUAUGUAGCCUUUAUAUGUAAAUGUAUAUAUAUGUAUUUAAAUGUAUGUAUGUGGAAAGCUUUCGUUGAUGAUUUGGAUAAAGAAAUUCUUACCAUCACAGAGACCCAUAUUAAAGGCAGUAAUGAGCGAGGUCAACAGGAAUGCUCGAUCCUGUUCUUGGUGUAUCUUCACUACUACCAGUUGUAUUAUUAUAGUCUUGGAUAAAGAUACACCUAGCCUUGAGUUUAUUUCCUUGGGGGCUCCAAAGUGUAUCAUUAGUAAUGGUUAGCAUUACAGUCAUAUGGUGAAUGAUGAGAUUACUGAUUAUUUUAGCCCUUGUGAAUUUCCUCUUGGUUUCCAUCACUUUGGUUUUAAUUCAAUAGAUGGGACUAUUAACAUAGCAUGCACAGAUUGUUCAGUGUGUAGGUGUUUGUGGCAUUUGGCAGUGAGUAUGAAGUGACACAGUGAGCUCAAAGCAUCCCUCCAUGGCCUGUGCAAUAUCCAUAACCUAAUGCCUCUUUUCCACCGACAGUACAGCUCAACUCGCCACGACUUACGCCGGGAUUCCAACCUAAUGUAUUCACCUUCCACUCCCAAAACUAAUGCAAUUAAAUUCCACGCUUUGUCCUUCCGGCCUUUGUCAUUAUAAAAAGGAUGAUUUGGUACAUAAAUGACUUCAUGUGGCUGAACUUUGACAAUGAGUCUCUCGUCGUCCAUGUUGCCGACCCUCUGAGACCCCUUGAUUGGUUGACUGCUGACCUGGUGUCACCUGUCAUGACGUAAUAAUGUUGAUGUGAAGUUGUGAUAGGCUACAUGAGCUGAGUAUUGUGUUUUAUUUUGAAAAUUGACCGGAUGCUCUAUGGCUUUUACUUUUUCUCUUCCUGCCCUGCUCGAUCUGCUCUG